AAUAUAAAAAAGGGGAAAAGAGAGAAGAAUGGGGAGAGGACGAGUUGAGCUGAAGAGGAUCGAGAACAAGAUAAAUCGUCAGGUCACGUUUGCGAAGAGAAGAAAUGGACUUCUCAAGAAGGCGUAUGAGCUUUCAGUUCUCUGCGAUGCUGAGGUCGCUCUUAUCAUCUUUUCUAACCGAGGAAAGCUUUAUGAGUUUUGUAGCAGUUCUAGCAUGCUCAAGACACUUGAACGGUAUCAAAAAUGUAGUUAUGGUACACUGGAAGCCAGCCAACCACCAAAGGAGACACAGAGCAGCUACCAGGAGUAUUUGAGGCUAAAAGCAAAAGUUGAGGUCAUGCAGAGAUCCCAGAGAAACCUUCUUGGGGAAGAUUUGGGCCCGCUAAAUACGAAGGAGCUUGAGCAGCUUGAGCAUCAACUUGACAUGUCCUUGAAACAAAUCAGAUCGACAAAGACCCAGUUGAUGUUAGACCAACUUUCUGAUCUUCAAAGAAAGGAACAUAUGCUUCAAGAAGCAAACAGAGCCUUGGGAAGGAAGCUGGAUGAAAGCAACGCUGAAAACACCAUUCAACUGACAUGGGAAGCAGCCGGGGCAAACAUCCAAUACAACCGCCACCCACCUCAAUCAGAGGGAUUCUUCCAACCUCUGGAAUGCAAUUCAACUCUGCAAAUUGGAUACAAUCCUGCUGAUACUGAUCACAUAACUGUUGCUGCAACUCCAACCCAAAACGUCAAUGGGUUCAUUCCUGGAUGGAUGCUUUGAAUUUUCAAAGUUAAUGAUCAUCUUUUGAGAAAAUUUAUAUUUUCUCAUGAACCAAAAAAAAAAAAAAACAUCUA